AAACCAGUUGUGAGUGAAUCUUCCAAUCUUUGUGUUGGGCCUCGUUCAGUUACCUAUACAAAAUGACAAUGUCCUCUGGGAAAGUUUCUUUGUUAUCUUGCCUCGUUUUAUGUUUAAUUUUAAACAUCGACGCUGGUUCAUUAAGAUUAAAACGGCAAUGGGUUUGGGAUGAAGAAAUUAUUCGUGUACCAUCUACAACAACAUCUCCGAUUAAUAAUAAUAACAAUAAUGGGAAUAAUAAUAAUAAUAACAAUAACAAUAAUAAUGGUUUAGAUUUAAACUGUCAAAGUAAUUGUCUUCGAUUCACUACAAAUGAAUACAAUCCUAUUUGUGGAUCGGAUAAUGUAACUUAUGAUAAUCAAUCGAAGUUAAAAUGUGCAGCAGUAUGUGGAAAAGGUGUUGUAACUAGCUUUAUUGGAACAUGUUCUCCAUUGUAAUCGAAAAAUUUUGAUCAAUUCUUUUUAAUUUAAGUUGAUAAGACUGAUUUUUUAAUCACGCCAAUUUAUUUUGUAUCUAUUUUUUGUAUUACAGCUAAUUUAGAUUUGGAUUACCACGGACCGUGUUCUUAAAUGUAUUAAUCAGAACUGAAGAAUUCCUAUAUAUUUUUCUUAACAAAUUUAUAAUUAACAAUAAUUUAUAGUAAUAAAUCCUUUACAUGUGAA